AUGGCGCCUUCAUACGAUAACCUGCCCGAAGGCAGCGACGACGAGUUUGACGAGUCUCAAAUUGACUUUGCCGACAUCGAAGAACAGUUCCAGGUGCGCCUGGACGAGGGGCUCGACGCGUUUGUCGUCAUUGACGGCCUGCCUGUUGUGCCCGAGGACAGCAAGGGCAAGCUGGUCAAGUUUGUGCUGAGGAAGCUGAAUAGUGUGGGGAGAGUCAAGGAUGAUGGUGUGCAUAUGCCCGUUGGAGAGAGCGGCAAGACGGAGGGCUAUGCCUUUGUCGAAUACAGCGCGCCCGCCGAGGCAGUCGCAGCCGUCAAGCAGCUCAAUGGAUCACCCCUUGACAAGAAGCACAUCAUGGCCGUAAACAAGCUCACCGACAUCGACCGCUAUGGCAAGGAAGGCCGCAUCGACGAGGAAUACCACGCGCCGGAGAUCGCGCCCUUUGAGCAGAAGGAGCACUUGCGAUGGUGGCUCGGAGACCCGGACAGUCGUGACCAGAUGGCCAUGUACCGUGGCGAGAAGGUCGGCGUCUUCUGGAACGAGAAGGAAGACCAGCCGGAGCCCGUUGUGGACCGUGAGAACUGGACCGAGUCCUUCAUACAAUGGUCGCCUCAAGGAACCUAUCUCACCUCGAUGCACGCCCAGGGUGUACAGCUAUGGGGCGGCAAGGCAUGGAGCAGGCAGAAGCGAUUCGCACAUCCAGGCGUCAACCUGGUCGAUUUCUCGCCGAGUGAACAGUAUCUCACUACCUGGUCGCAUCGCCCACUACAAGUCGACGAGAACCACCCGGUCCCCUCCCUCUCUCUGGAAGACGAUGGCAAGAACUACAUCAUCUGGGACGUCGCGACCGGCAAGCCUCUGCGCUCCUUCGCUACCAUUGACGUUCCCGGCGGUGUGGACGCCGAAACGGGCCAGCCUAUCAAGAAGAAGCUCCAGUGGCCGACAUUCAAGUGGUCGUCCGACGACAAGUACGUUGCCCGCAUGACCCAGGGCCAGUCCAUCUCCAUCUACGAGCUACCCAGAAUGAACCUUCUCGAGAAGUCUUCUAUCAAAAUCGAGGGUGUCAUGGACUUCGAAUGGGCCCCCGCCACACCUCGGAGAGACGGUAUCAAGGCAUACGAGCAGCUGUUGUGCUACUGGACACCUGAGCUGGGCAGCAAUCCCGCAAAGGUGGGCCUUAUGUCCAUUCCAUCCAAAGAGAUCGUCCGUACCCGAAACCUUUUCAACGUCUCCGAUGCGAAGCUACACUGGCAAUCAGAGGCCGCCUAUGUCUGCGUUAAGGUCGACCGUCACUCCAAGUCCAAGAAGUCUCUCGCCACAAACCUCGAGAUCUUCCGUGUCCGCGAAAAGGGCGUGCCUGUUGAGGUCGUCGAUUCAAUCAAGGAUACCGUCAUCAAUUUCGCCUGGGAACCCAAGGGUAACCGCUUCGUGCUUAUCACAACUGGCGAAGUCAUUGCCAACGCCGCAGUUGGUCCCAAGACAGCUGUUUCUUUCUUCGCCCCCGAGAAGCUCAAGGGUGGUGCACCAGGUAACUUCCGUCACAUCCGCACUGUCGACAAGAAGAACAGCAACGCCAUCUACUGGUCGCCCAAGGGCCGUUUCGUUGUCAUUGCUGCCCUGCAGUCGCAACAGUCCUUCGAACUCGAGUUCUGGGAUCUCAGCUUCGAUAAGCCAAAGGAGGAGUCUGAGAAGGGCGAGAAAGAGCUCAACGCCAAUCUGCAGCUUAUGGACACCGCUGAGCACUAUGGAGUCACUGACAUCGAGUGGGACCCUACCGGUCGCUAUGUCGCGACCGUUGCGAGUGCUUUCCGCCACCGCAUGGAGAACGGUUACCAUCUCUACGAUUUCAAGGGAACUCUCCUUCGCGAAGAUGCCAUCGAGGGCUUCAAGCAACUUCUCUGGCGACCUCGCCCGGCCACUCUCCUCUCCAAGGAAGAGCAGGCCGAGAUCCGCAAGAACCUGCGCAACUACUCCAAGGUCUUCGACGAGCAGGAUGUCGCCAAGAGGAGCUCUGCCGAUAAGGCUGUUGUUGAGGCGCGUCGCGAGAUGCUCGAGGAGUGGCACAUUUGGCGCGAGGAGGUUCUACAGAGGCUGCGUGAUGAAGGUGCGGAUUUGGAGCUGAAGGCAGAGCAUGGAGAGACACCGGGACAGGCCGAGGAUGGGCACCAGGAGGAGAUUGAGGAGAUUGUCGAGGAGAUUAUCGAGGAGAAUGAGGAGGUUGUAGGUUAGGUAGCUGGAGGGAGAAGUGUGAAUUAUAUCCAGCAUCUAGCGAAUGGAGACGUAUGAUAGCGAUGAUCUUUACUUCUCUACACAUUUGCAAAUGCCGAGACGUCAAAAUUUUACUUCGCCCUUUGGCAUCUUUCAGCAGUCAAGAACCCUACGUUGGAGACUGAGGCGAUUUUUCAGGUGGACUAGCGUUCAGAGUCCCCAUUUCAAAUCAUUAUCCGUCUAGUUGAGGAAAAGAGUUGAGAGAUAUGUUUUUGAUAGUGAUACGGACGGUGAACUAGAAAAGGAGAGAGAUGUUUGUAUCAUUCGAUUAUCUUAUAUACUAGCCUUCGGGAUUACUGC